AUGAUUAAACGAACUCCAUCGGCUAAAAGAUUAGCCGCGUCGCCAGCACGUUCUUCUGCGCCACAACUCAAGAAACCAACUCCGGAAAAGGUAUUUUCGAAGUUUUCCUUUUUCUUUGGCUGUUCAGUAAUCCUUAACCAAACUUUUGAAAGCGCAAAAAUCUUGCAUAACUUUUAACUACACAAAAAACGGCUUUUCGUCUUGACUCUUUUGGAAAUUUGCUCCUUUAAAAAUCAUUUCUAAACAGACUAUACACUUUCGAACUUAUUUUAAUCCUUAUUAGAAUAUUUUCGAAUUUCUGAAGUGCAAGCUUUACUUUUAUUGAAUGCUCAACAAUUUUUAAACUUUAUUAUCCCUUUUAUGAAUCAUUCUACUUUUAUUUUGUUCAGAAAACGCCGAGAAGAUGUACAAAGGCGGACGAGAAGGAAAAUUCCCUGAUUGACAGUGAAGUUACGACCAGGAUUAAUAGGUUUUCGAAAGUUCACCUUUUUUAAUACCCCAUAAAAUCUUCUUUAGAGUCACGAUUCAAGACGAUGAAGCUGGACAAUAUGAGUGAGGGAUUUGUGGAAAAAUAAUAAAAAAUUUCGAAAUGAAGGGACGAAUCGUCAACUAUUGCGAGAUCAGCGAUCGAGGCUUACUUUAUGCAAGGCCGAACGGCUGGCGAAAUGAUGAACAAAUCGAGGGUGAAAAGAGGAAGAAGGAAAAUUGUCGCCGACAAGAAGUGCAUAUUUUUAUCCGAGAAAAUAAAGGGAAAUGCCUUUUUCAGUUUGGAAGAAGAAGCCGAGGAAAAUGAGGAAGUUGAUGGUCGAUUUCUGCAAGUGGAUCUGCGCGCCGUCAGGGAUUUUAUUAAAGUAUGGAAAUUGUCUCGUGGAAAAGUUGGAAUGGUGGAUGAUGGCCGCUAAAAAGGAGAGAGGCUUAAAAAAGGCAGCAGAAAUGAAACACAAAGGCCGUAUAACGGCAGCAAAAAGAACCCCUUCAUCGAGCCUUCCAUUUUCUGCACUUUUUAAGGCUCAAGGAAUGAUGGAAAAAUGGUGCAAAAAAGUUAAGAAAAGGGCGAAAAAAAGCAGUAAAAAAGGAACAUUUCUAUGGUGCCGUUCUCCACCCUUUCUGACUUCGCUUAUGUUUUUUUUUUUUGAAGCCUUUUGUGACUGAAAUGUACUGAUUCAGGAUCGAAACUCCUCAAAAACGAUUCAAAAUCGUAUCGAGAAGAUAGUGGAAAGUUUUCCUAAGUGGACGUUGUACUUGGCCGCCAACUUCAGUUUAUUGGUUUGUUUUUGAAUUUUUGAUGCACCUUUUGGGGUUUUUUCUUGUUCUUUUCUGUAUGUUUUUGAAGUUUAGAACUAUCUUUCAAUUUUUUUUGUGUCCCGCUGGUAUUUGAGAAUCUUCAAAACUUGCGAUUUUUUUCUAAAGUGUUCAUUUCUGUUGCAUCAUUUUUAGGACCUUAAGAGGGACAUUAUUUUGAGUAUUCAGGAAUUUUUGAUGGCAUAGUUGACGCUUAAUUUCUUUGAAAAAUUGUCAAAAGCCUAGUUGUAAAGGCCCGUGAAAAGUUUUUUUGAUAUAUUUAAAAAAAGUUUAGGGGUUUUUUUCAGUGACUUAUUUAACCAUGGGGAAGUUGAUCAAAUAAGGACCUCAUAAGGAUCUUCUUGAAAGAGGCCCUAUAAAAAGCUUCCUAUCUCGGGCAAAGUCGGAAUAGUGGAUAAUGGCCGCUAAAAGGGAGAGGCUCAAAAAAGGCCGCAGAAAGGCAGCAAAGAGAGUCCCUUUAUAAAGCCUUCCAUUUUUUCUGGGAUUUUAAAGGCUCGAGGAAUGGUGGUGAAAUGGAGAGGCAGCAAAAAGGUUGAAUAUGGGCUGAGAUAAUGACGCGAAAAGGCAGCAAAAAGGGAGCCUUCACCACCCUAAAAGGAACAUUUCUAUGCAGCCUUUAUGGACCCUCGGAGGGUCCUUCCGACUUUGCCUAUGAUUGUUUUUUCAAGACUUUUUUUAUAGGAAAGAUCAUUUUUAAAAAGAUAAAGUCACAAUGAGAUCCUGAGAAGGUGGAAUACAAAUCGAUAGAAAGUUCUUUUUUUUUCUUGAAAACCCUGGGAGGCAACUUUUGGCAUCUUUUUAGGGGCUUCAAAGGAUAUUUUGUUCUUCUUUCAAAGUUUUUAAAAAGCAAAAUUGAACCUUUAUUACUCUGAAUCUUAUUUCCUGCUCUAGGUGGGAUCCGAAAAAAUAGGUCCUAAGCCGUUUCCGUUUCGAAUUUCUUUAAAAGGCUUCGUCAUAUUUUCUUAGCUUUUUAGGCUUUUUAGGUAUUUUUUGGUGAUAUAUCUGUUUCUUCCGAAAGCAAAACGAAACUUUUUUUCUGCAGCUCCACGGGGUGGGCUCGAAAAAAGAGAUACUGAGCCGAUUCGCGAAGCAGGAGCUGAGCGGGACGACCCACAUGAGGCUGGACGCCACCCGAGAAGACGUCGGAUUCCGCGCCUUCCUCACCGCUGUCAACGACAACAUGAAGCUUGGCUGCUCGGUUUGUGAAAAGAACAAAAGGGAAAAUUUUAAUAGAUAAAUUUAUCCAAUAGUUUUUCUCGGAAGAAAAGAACCGUGUCCUCUUUAAGUAAAAACUUGAGGGAUUUCUUCUGUUCCAGGUCCUUGAAGUGGCCACUUGGGGUACCAUUUCAAGGGAUCACUUAACGGUGUUUUUUCACGUUUUUUCGUUUUUAUUAUGUUUCUGGUGUUGAUAGUAUCUUAAAACGGGAAAUUUCGUACCAAAUGCCUAAUUUUAGGGACGAGGUCUCACGGUGAAUGAAUGGGCGCACGCUCUGGCCAGACAGAUUUUCAAGACCUCUCGACAAUUGAUUUUAUUGAUUGAUAACUUGGAUUCCCCGCGAUGGAGGUGGUUAUUUUAUCAUGAGAGUUUCGUCGAAAAAAAAAAUCACAACUUUUUUAUUACUAAUAAAUGUUCUUCUAGUAUCAUAAGACGAUAAAAUUGAGAUUUUUCGGACCAGAAAAAUUCCAUCAAAAAGUCUUUUUUUGAGGAAUGUUUAACAAGUUCGUUUUGAAAAUCAACGAGAAAUGUUGUAUGUGACAAAAAAAAUUCACAAAGUUUCUUGACGCAAAAAGUACCUGGAGAGUUAGCUAUUGAAAAAUUUGAUCUCUGAGGGUUUUUCCUGGUUUUAAAGUUCUAUAUUCAUGAAAUUUCAAUAGCUUGCUGGGAAAUUCGGUAGUUUCUGAUAUUUUUGGACUUUUUGAAUCUUUUUUUUUCGGUUUUAAUUCAUUAACUUCUGCAGAAAGAGUGGUUUUUGGACAUUUUUAAAAGUUUCUGACACUGAUAAAACUCGAAAAGAGAUUUCUUUUCGGCUUUCACAAUAAAUAGAAAUUUUCAAACGUUUUGCGAUUUUCAAAUUGGUCGCGUUUUUGAGAGAUAUAGCCUAAUAAAACCUGGUUCUAAAUAUUCGAGAGGUUGCUCACUAUCUAUGAUAGCAAGGAGAGCUCUCAGAAACAAAGAUGAAAUGUUCGUAUCAAAAUUUUUUUCGCAUUUUUUUCGAUUUUUCUGGGAGAAUGCGUGUUAAGCUUUAUGUAAAUUCAAGAUCUGGCCUUUUUAUUCAAUCUCAAAUCUAGAUAUGAUAAGAAAAUUCAAAGGAAAGAAGCAUUAUCUAGAAUUCAGUAACCACAUUUUGAGAAUAAACGUCUCUAAAAAUAUUGAAAAAUCUGAAACAAAAGUCUCUAAACUAUCGAAAAACUGAUUUCAACCAAUAAAAACGGAGGUUCAAAAAUCGUCCGAGUUAUAGCUGAUUCACGGCUAGAAUGAGCCAUCGGAAAAAGGUUUUGACACGAAAAAAAAAGAGAUAGUGUAUGGUUUGUGGAGAGCGCAGACAGGCCACGCCCCAAGCUAACCGUGAAUCAGCUAUAUACAGAAAGCCUUUUUUUAAACAUUUAUAACUAUUAUUUCCCUAGGAAUGAUCAAACGGCCCUUUGUUCGCUUCUGGAGUACCCUAGGAAUGUGAAACUUAUCGCCACUGUUGAUAAUAUCAACACGACGAUCAUCUGGAACUCGGUUUUCAAUAUUAUCCCGAAAUUUCAUUGAAAAAAGGAUUUAGAGACACUUAGAUGUAUUCAAUUUCUUGCACAUUCGUUGCGAUACUCUCGCCCUGCCAUUGGAGGAGUUGAUGACCAGCGAUUCGAAGAUUUUGGGUCUCGACGGGAAAUCGAAUAAUACGGUAGGUUUGAAACAGGAAAUCAGCUUGAAAUGAUGUUUUAAAGGCGCAGGACCUUAGAAGAAACAGCUAGAUUUAUUUUGAUAAGACUUUUGUGCAAUUCUAGGGAUCACUUAAAAGUGUUGAAGCUAUUAAAGCGGUCACUAGAAAAGCCCAAAGGUCCGAGAUAUAUAGCUGAUUCACGGCUAGCUUGGGACGCUAAGGGGCGUGUCAUGUCUGCGCUCUCCAUGAGCCAGGCGCUGUCUCUUGCAUUAUCGUGUCAGGACCCUUUUUUCGAUGGCUCAAGCCAGCCGUGAAUCAGCUAUAUUCUCAAAUCGCCCAGUUUUGUCAUUGGAGCACACUUGACCUUCCAGACGCACUCCAUCUCAUCUCUCGACGUUUUUUGGAAGUCUCUGGCCAGCAACUCGCAAAGAAUCUUCCAUCUUUUCUUUGAAAUGUUCCUCCAAACUCAAAAACCGGUCAACUUCUGGGAACUCUUCAGCGCUGCCAAGUUUUCAUUCAGAAAGAAAAUCGAGAAAAUUCCAAAUUUUAGGGAUGAAUUUUGUGUCUCCACGGACACUGCACUCCGGACACAGCUCGUCGAGUUCAAGGAUCAUCGGAUAAUCAAGUAGGAUGCAAUUAAAGGCGCAGGGACCUCACUGGCUUUUUUUUUAAAGGCGCAGGACUCUCAAAUUUCUUUUUUCUCAAAGGCGCAGGGUCUUAAAUGUGUUUCUCGCUAUUAAAGGCACAGGGUCUCAGACGCUUUUUUGAUCGAAGGCGCAGUCGUUAAUGUCCGCUUAUUGAAGGCGCAGGGUCUUAGAUGAUCUUUUAUUAAAGGCGCAGGGCCUGCAACUUCCUUUGUUCAUUAACGGCGCAGGGUCUUCAAUUUCCUGCUAUUAAAGGCGCAGAGCCUUCGACGCCAUUUUUCAUUAAAGGCGCAGAGUUUUCAACGCCUUGCUAUUAAAGGCGCAGGGCCUUGAGCGACCUUCUUUCUUUGAAGGCGCAGGAUCUUCAACCUCUUUUUUCAUCAAAGGCGACUUUCAUGAGUUUUUGAAGCAAAAAACCGGCGAAAACGACCAGAAAAUGAGAACAUUUUUUACUAAUUGUCCAUUAAAGGAGCAUCACUUAAAGCUUGAAGAUGGUCCCGAAGCGAAGAUGGCAACGAUCAGCUAUCUGGAAUCGUCGACCGUGACCUCAUCAGCCAGUUUCUCACCUCCAAAGGGAUGCCUUUGAGCGUGGCCUGA